CGACGUUUCUCCUCAGAUACGUUUCCCCCGUCGGAACAGAAAGAGCGAUAAGUUGCCAGCAGUCAUGUACUCGAAAGUGGGGUUUUUCGCCGUGGUCCUGGCUCUGGUCGGCGCAUCAGCCGCAACGGACUCAGAUGAAUGUGGAUCCAAGUUGUGUGAUACGUGUGUCCAAAACGAUGGCUGCGGGUGGUUUAACUGCACAGGAAAUCUCAGCUGUCGCAACGCAACCCUGUUGCCGGAGAAUGGCACCUGCAUUCGAGCUAACUGCUCAGCUUUUGUGACUUCGACUACUCCCCCUCCCACUUCUGCCGCCCCUGUUGUCAGCACCACCACUGCUCCCACCAGCACCGCUCAGCCCACAACAGACAAUUCAACCUCGGGUUCCACCGUCGCUCCCACUCAGAGCGCCAACGUCACCGGCACCACGGCGCCGUCCUCCACCUCAUCUGGAAACGUCACGCAAACCACCCCGAUCACGCCCGCCCCUCACAAGAACACGUUCGACGCCGCGAGCUUCAUCGGUGGAAUAGUGCUGAUCCUGGGCCUGCAGGCCGUCUUCUUCUUCAUCUACAAGUUCUGCAAGUCCAAGGAUCGCAACUACCACACCCUUUGAAGCGGCCCCUCACUUUUGGAUCCGACCCCUCCCCCCCACUCCCCCGCCUGCAAUGGACUCAAACAGUGUUUUCAAGCACUGGAUCUUUGAUGUUCGUGCCAUUUGUGGUUUAGGCCUUUAUUAGCCCCGCUGUGGUAGUAUGCAUUGACAGUAACUGUUUUUAACAGAGCAAUUACAUAAACCCAUAGUUACUCCCACCGUACCCAUGCCCUUAAUUAUCCUUCAAAACCCCCCAAACCUUUUUUGCAGGACAUCGAGGGGGCUCGUGUUAUUUACAGCCCCUCUCGUCGUGGCCUCCUCAAUGAAAUGCACCACAAGAGUGUUAAAGAAUUAGUCAUGUAGCCAAAGCGGCUUUCCUGCUGCAGGCUGAGGAGGAGUAAAGCCUCAGACUGGUAGCCUCCACGUCUUGUUUAUUCUUCUCUUCCUCGAUUUGGAAACACUGUUUGAGUCCACAGCCGCUCUUCGACGUCACGACGGCGAUGAUUCAGUGUUGCUUUUAGCCCGUCGAAUCGUGGGUAAUGUCCCUCGUCCUCCGAGCGGCAGCGUUGUGUAUGUGUUGUGUAAGCAACGUAAAAGUUGUGGGGUCGCCUAAUGAGGGAAGAAAAGCAACACCCAAUCAUCUGAGGUCACAUCAAAAAGAGACAGCCGUCCCUGUGGGGAGUCUCCCGUGGGCUGUUUGUGUUCUGCUCUUGACCGUCCUGGGGAAAUGUUACGAUACGAAGUUAAAAAGCCAACUGCCAGCAGAGCAGAUCAAUGCAAUAAAUCCCACAUCGAGUUAAUUUCCCAUUGUUUUAUCUCCCGGUUCUUAUCCCUUCUUUACCGACUUUAAGACGUACCUACUCUGGCCGCUAAUGUCAAGCUGGCCCUUUUUUAGCCGAAUUUCUGUGGGGAGGUCGAAAAGCACCCGUGGGUCGAAAUGAGAGAUUGUAGAAUAUUUCACAAACGUCAGGUUUUAAUAAUGUUUAGUACAGAGGAUGGGGAGAUAAAGGAAAUGGCGUGCACCUUCUUGAUGUGGACAGUGAUAGCAGUGAAGUGCCUUUAAUGUCCCGUGUGACUUAAAGAGAGUAAAGGAAGAGGACGAGUCUUGUUUGAAGCGUUGUCCUUGGUUUGUUUUUAAGAAAGAAGCGGCGCCGCUGUGCCGAUAUUGGUGAGAACCGUCGUAUCCCAGCUGGACUGAAGAGCCUUUUUUAUGGAGAAUGGAGAAAAUAGUUGUGUUUCGAGGGGCCUUGGUCACGCGAGAGGGAGGUUUUCUUCUAUAAAACGAGGACUAUAUUCAGAACAUGAAACCUACGGUCUUAUCACUGGUGACUUUGUAUAAAUGAAUAUUUAAAAGUGCUCUCCCUUUUUUUGUAGCGCCCAAUACUAGGCCCAAACAUCCUCCGUCUCACCAUUUAUGUUUCAAAACAUUCGGGUAAAACAAACAUGAACGAUGAGCUUGCGGGAUGUUUUCGGGUCGCUGUUAGGUGCGUGUUAAAUCAUGGAAUGUAACUUUAAAGAAAUGGCAAACGUAUUGGGCUUAAUUAAAAAAGAACAUGAGUAUUGCAGAGCCUGUAUUGAGGUCAAAAUGUUGGACUGUUUGUUUGUUCAAAUGAGCAUUGCGCCUCCUGAUUUCUUACUUUGCCGUGUAAAUGAGAGGAUUGUGAGUGAAGUGCAGAACUGCAACAGCCGAGCAGCCGUGCCAGAGCCCGUGUCACAUUCUCUAAUUCGCUUGCUGCUGACUGACUAUUUUUCGUUCCAGUUUGUCCCUCCUGUACAUAGCCACGUCCUGUUUCUAACUUCUACUUGAGGAAAGGCGACAUGAAGGAGUGUUUAUCGGUCAAAAGAUGUUUUAGUAAAUGCCUUCUGUUAAUUGUUGCAUGCUGGAUGCUUGGAGCUGUGACUUCUCCUCCCAUUACAUUUGCUCUUAAGGAUUUCGACGAUAUAAACCACUUGAUUCAUUGUGAUUAGCCGAUAUGCUAGUUGAAAGAAUGCCUUGAAACGGUGUGCUUUGAGCCAAUGUCCUCCUCAGUUUUGGCAUGGAAAUUGAGCAUUGCACCGACGAGCUUUGUUUUGUAACUAAAUGUUUUCAUGCUUCAGCCCAAAAAAAAAAAAAAAAAAAAAAAUGUUUUAAAUACUCGAGUCUUGACUAUUUACAAGAUCAUGGAUGAAUCAUCUGUAUGGCCACAUACCGAAAGAAAUGUAUGAGUGUGAAAAUGUUAUUUUCUUUUUUCAUUUUCUCUCUUGGCUUUAAUAAUUUUGGAUAACGUGUAUCCUGCUGCUCACCGUUGACACGCCUUUUAAUGACCUGCUGGCAUUAGGCUGCAGCCCAAAGACACAGCUAUGGCGGAAGAAAAGCGCCAUUGUUUCGCAUCAGCUGUGGAGAGCCUUCGCCCCCGAAUUUAAGAGAAAUAUUUUGAGUUUUAGUCCUAGCCGUAAAAGUGGCGUGCUGCGUAACCGCUGCAAUGCAGUCAGAGGGCUGGAUGCGUUCGACAUGGUGGCUGCAUUCCAUUAGACGCAGCAUCACGCGGCGCCAUCGUGACGCGGCGCAAAACACGCGUACCAAAAAGAUCUCCAUUGUGUUGCCUCGCCCCAGCGUCAACUACGAGCUGCUCGCUCAAGUCAGUGCACCACUUCAGGAAAAGUGCCUUAUUCAGUUAAUGCCCAUCUAUAGUCGGUUUGUAAAAUAUGACAUUACACACCUAUUGAACAACGACGUGACUCCGCACUUUCAGACCCCCGUGAAGUGGCUUUCUGUGUUGCAUUCUGCUUCAAUGUCUCAGCCUUAACUUGAUGAACAGUGUUUGCUAGUGACGAGCUGUCCAGGCCACCACCACGCUGUCUUUUGUUUGGAAAAUUGCUUCUCCAGAUGUGUAUAUUGUACGAAAUGUUUUGGCCCUUAUUAGCAUUUAAGUGCCUACAUUUCAACCAAUUAUUACAGGACUUUAUAAAAACGCUUCUGAAAUGGCUUUAACCAGCUAAUGUGUGGCGUAGUGUUUGACUAGAUGACGCCUUGUUGUAGCCUGGUCAACUUAUCACCGGCAGAUUGUAAUAGAAUAACUGCAACACAUCCUUCAUCACGCCAACAGUGAAUGUAAUUUUCAAUUGUUUUUUUUUUAAAGAAUUCUGUCGAGAAUGAUUUUUUUUUUUUGUUGUUGGUAGUUUUAGUUUUCUCGGUGAAGCUUUUGUCAGCGUUUGAUUCCAAGAGCAACGAGUUAAAAAGCUUUUUGAUUCCCUCCUGUUUGACCCCUGGCUUACUCGUAUGUGCACGCGUCGUAGUGCCAUAUCCUUUUUCUUUUGUGGUGGAGGCCAUCGGUCACGUAGGUACGAUAUUUCGCUUUGCUCCUGCCGCACCUUUGACACACAGGCUGCACGUGUCCCAAAGCCUCCUGAAAUGUGCUGUGCUUAUUUUGCGCUCCUUCAUGCUCCCUCAAACCUUUUUUUUUAUUUUGUGCCUUGUCUUUCUAGUGUUGCCUUGAGUUCACGACGUAAAGCCAAUAAAGUUUGAAUAUUGUUAAACAAA